GGAACACAAAGUAAGCUUGUUGUGUUACAAUGGCGACUGCAACUUCUACCCCGGCCGGCCAAAGAAUGAGCACCCGCGCGACCGGCGGCAGCACUCCUCUGAGCCCCAGGAGGAUAACAAGACUGCAAGAAAAGGAGGAGCUGAGCAACCUGAAUGACCGCUUGGCCGUUUAUAUCGAUAAGGUUCGGAGCCUCGAGUCCGAGAACAGCGUGCUUUACCUGCAGAUAUCCGAGAAGGAGGAGGUCAGGAGCCGAGAGCUGUCCGGUUUGAAGACGCUGUACGAGUCCGAGCUCGCCGACGCGAGGAGGUCUCUCGAUGAUACUGCCAAGGACCGCGCAAGGCUGCAGAUUGAACUGGGAAAGCUCAAGACCGAGCAUGACCAGUUACUCCAGAACUAUGCCAAGAAAGACACCGACCUGGCGGUUUCGCAGGCCCGGCUGAAGGACGUGGAGGCCCUGCUGAACACUAAGGAGGCCAGCCUCAACACUGCCCUCUCUGAGAAGAAAGGCCUGGAGGGCACACUGGCUGACAUGCAAGCCCAGAUACAAGAGCUGGAGGUGAGCCUGGCCUCUGCCAAGAAGCAGGUGGGUGAGGAGACUCUGCUGAGGGUGGACCUGGAGAAUCGUUGCCAGAGCCUGGUGGAGGAGCUCGACUUUCGCAAGAACAUGUUUGAGGAGGAAAUUAAGGACACUCGGCGCAGGCACGAGACCAGGCUGGUGGAGGUGGACUCGGGUCGGCAGAUGGAGUACGAGUUCAAGCUGGCCCAGGCCCUGUCCGAGAUGCGCCAGCAGCAUGACGACCAGGUCAAGCUCUACAAGGAGGAGAUGGAGCAGACGUACAUGGCCAAGCUGGAAAACGUGCGUCUGUCAUCGGAGAUGAACAGCAGCUCGGCCAGCAUGGCGCGCGAGGAGCUGAGAGAAUCUGUGCUGAGAGUGGAGAGCCUGGCUGCACAGCUGGCCAGCUUGCAGAAAGAGGCUCGAAGCUGGCAGGAGCGCAUCAGUGAGCUGGAGGCGGCCCUGUCCCACGAGAAGGACGUGAGCCGCAGGAUGCUGGCGGACAAGGAGCGCGAGAUCGCUGAGAUUCGGGCCAAGAUGCAGCAGCAGCUGGACGAGUAUGAGCAGCUGCUGGACGUCAAGCUGGCCCUCGACAUGGAGAUCAGCGCCUACAGGAAGCUGCUGGAGGGAGAGGAAGAGAGGUUGAAGCUGUCCCCCAGCCCAUCGUCUCGCGUGACAGUGUCACGGGCCUCGUCCAGCCGCAGCGUGCGCACCACCCGCGGGAAGCGGAAGCGCGUGGACGUGGAGGAGUCGGAGGCCAGCAGCAGUGUUAGCAUCGCCCAUUCAGCCUCCGCCACUGGCAACGUGUGCGUUGACGAGCUCGAUGUGGAUGGCAAAUUUAUCCGAUUGCACAACACGUCUGAGCAGGACCAGCCUAUGGUGGGAUUUGAGAUGACCAGAACUAUUGGAGAUGUUUCUGCUACCUACAAGUUCACUCCCAAAUAUCUCCUCAAAGCUGGUCAGAAAGUCACUAUCUGGGCAUCCAAUGCAGGGGUGAGCGCCAGCCCUCCCACUGACCUCAUCUGGAAGAACCAGAGCUCCUGGGGCACAGGAGAAAACGUAAAAGUGGUCCUAACCAAUCCCCAGGGAGAGGAAGUGGCUGUAAGGAGUACAGUAUACAAGACUGCCACAGUAGAGGAGGAGGAAGAGUAUGAUGAGGGAGUCGAAGUUGUUGAGGAAGAGCUUUUCCACCAGCAGGGCGAUCCACGGGCUACCAAGAAAGGUUGCUCAAUCAUGUGACCACAGCAUGAAACGCUGUCACCCUGCUCCUUCACUACAGCCAGUCUCACCUGCCAACUUUACAAACACCUCAGAACUAUUUUUAUAUCACUAGUGUAUUAUAAACUGAGUGAAGUCUCUUUUUUUUUCUUUUUUUCUUUUUUUCCCCCCCCCCCUUAGUUUUAAAUGAUUGUAAACUGAGUUUUUGUAUGUGAAGUCAUAAAAUGACACUUGCUUUGUAUGAACCAAAUGUUUGUGUGAUCAGUGGAGGACUGAGGGCUCAGGCAGUUGGCCAGCUUAUUGCAAAAUCACCCUGUCCUCCAGGUGCUGUCAUUUUUACCUUUUAUGUACAUCUCCAUUUUCUUUUUUUAAGGAUAGCAUUUUAGUCCUGUUUAUAGAAAAGUAACAAUUUUGUACUAGUUUUCUAGUUUUUAGCUGGAGAGGUUGUUGCAUAUUUCACAGUAUAGACAGACAUGACUGGGGGGGGGGGGUUUAAAAAAAAAAAAAGUUUAAUCACUUUUGAAGAGUGAACUGCCAUGUGCACACAGCCUCGUUGGUGUUUUGUCAGGGCUAUCACCAUCAUGCAGGACCCUGCGCUGCACUACGGGGGGGUCAGUCUAGUCUCUGACAAUCGUCAGAUAAAUAGCAGUAACAAUUGGGCAGACUUUCCUUAGCUGAUUCUUGCUGUAAACCCCUCAGUAUUAUUGUGCUGACUAACAACGUUCAGCUGUGUUUGUUGUGCUGUUUUUCCAUCAUUAGUAUUGUAUACAACUCAUGCCUCUCCAGCCUGGAGGGCUACUGUUUUGAGUCACUGAACAUACCAGUAUACACUGAGAAUAACUCCCUACAAAUGUUAAAUUGAUAAGUUCGAGCCAUUACAAUGAAGCUAGAGUAAUGAUCUCCUUGAGCCACUGUACUACCAGCCGUUUAUGUAUGCACUAUAUAAAUUGGCCAUGAAGUAUGUUUUGGUGAUCUGAGACAAUAAUCUGCUUAUGCAGCCAUGUAUCUGUCAAGUAUGGAAUAAUUUACCUCUGAUUGAUUGAAUUGUCCUUUUUGUCCAUCUUAUCUGACUAGUCUUAUGCCUACAUUUUGAUUUCAUUUUUUCUUAGAAUUGUGGGUUGUCACUUGCAUGCUUAUUUUUGCUGUAUCCUCUUUGAAACGUUCAAUAAAUUUUGUUGUAUUUUCUAUCUGG